AUGUCAAGUGAUGAUAAAAAUAAAUCUGCUGAACAAAAGAAUGUGCCCAAGAAUGACCCAAAGAGUGAGCCCAAAUGUGAACCACCGUGCGAACCGAAGUGUGAACCAAAGUGUGAGUCCAAAUGCCAGCCCAGCUGUUUAAGGAAGCUGCUACAACGGUGCUCCGACAAGUGCCCACGAGACAAAUGCGUUUCGCCAUGUGCACCUAAGUGCCCCUCUCCAUGCCCCUCUCCUUGCCCUGCUGCAUGCCCUGCUGCAUGCCCCGCUCCAUGCCCCCCUCCAUGCCCUCAGCCAUGUCCUCCCAAACCCAUUUGUGUCAAGCCCUGUCCUCCUAAAUGCCCUCCCUGUCCACCACCGUGA